AUGUCAUCGACAGAAACUUGGCAAGAAAAAGCCAAUAAAAAACGUUCGUCGCUUUAUCAACUUAUACCUCAAGCAUGGCGCCUAUCAGACUUGAUUCUCCAAUCAUUACCAAAAGAUUGUACUAUGGUACCUGUAACAUGUGGAAUAUUAUCUGAACUCGAUUUGGAAAUUACAGAAAUCGAUGAUAUAGAUGAACUCUCUUGUCGUAUUGCUAAUGGAAUAUAUUCCGCAGUACAAGUCACUGAGGCAUAUUGUAAACGUGCAGCAAUUGCUCAUCAAUUGGUUAAUUGUUUAGCUGAAAUACUUUUUACACAGGCUCUUGAUCGAGCUAGGUCGCUGGAUGAAUAUUUCAAGUCUACAGGAGGAAAAACAAUAGGACCCCUACAUGGUAUUCCCAUAAGUUUCAAAGAUCAAUUCAAUAUCAAAGGAGUUGAAACUGCUAUGGGUUAUAUCGGGUAUUUGGGCAUCAUUUUGGAUCACAAUUCAAUCCUCGUCGAUUGCAUCCUUUCGCUUGGUGCUGUUUUAUAUGUCAAGACAGCUUUACCUCAGUCAAUAAUGCUAGCUGAAACUCGCAGUAAUUUACUUGGCGAGACACGAAAUCCUCGAAAUCGAGAAUUAAGCUGUGGUGGAAGUUCAGGAGGCGAAGGAGCUCUUUCUUCUUUAAAAGGAAGUAUCUGCGGCUUUGGAACAGAUAUUGGAGGCAGCGUUCGAACUCCGGCUGCUGUAAAUGGUGUAUAUGGUUUACGACCGUCUGAUGGGCGAAUUCCGUACGGUUUGGCUAGAAAUUCACUUGAGGGACAAGAAUCGGUACCAAGCGUUGUAGGACCCAUCAGCAGGUCUCUUGGGAAUAUUCGUACAAUUCUUAAAGCUAUUACAGAAUCGAAAACUUGGUUAAUCGAUCCCAAGGUUCACAAUAUUCCGUGGAGAGAAGAAAUGUUCCAAGAGGGACAAAAAAAUAAAUUGUGUUUCGGAGUGAUUCGAUUCGAUCAGCAUGUUCAUAUUUCUCCACCCGUUCAACGAGCGAUUGAUACGGCGAUUUCUGCUGUUCGAAUAGCUGGCCAUGAAGUGGUCGAAUGGGACACAUCUGACAAUUUGCAGUGUAUAGAAAUUUUAUCGAAAAUGUAUCUAGCAGAUGGUGGCAAAGAUGUAGAGACUGCUCUUGAGAUUAGUGGUGAACCGAAACAACCAGGCAUAUAUAUUGGCUCGAAAGAAACAGAACUAAGUGUUUAUGAAAAUUGGCAGGUUAAUUUAGCUCGCAAUGCUUAUGCAAUUAAAUAUCUUGAAAAAUGGAAUAAGACGCGUGAAAUAACUACAACAGGUCGCCCCGUAGAUGGAAUUAUUUCACCAGUCAAUGCAAUGCCAGCUUAUCCAACCAGAUUUAUGAUUAGUAUUGGGUAUACCGGUAUUGCUAAUUUACUUCAAUUAAGUUCUAUUGUACUUCCUGUCAUUCGAGUUGAUACUGUAUUAGAUCAAAUCAACGAUGGAUAUCGUAAUAGUCAAAUAGCAAGCGAAUCUGAUCAAGCAGCUAAAAAUGCAUACAAAGGACCAGAAGCUUUCGAAAAUACUAUUGUUGGGCUGCAAAUUAUGUGUAGACGAUUAGAAGAAGAAAAAGCCAUCGCUAUGGCAAUGGUAUUAGAACAAGCACUUCAAUCAUAUCAAUCAAAAUAA